AUGGCGACUGCAUUCAGCUCUGCCGAUGCCGCGGUCAUUGAGCAUGAAGUCGAGCUCGACGAACGUGCGGUGCUCGCUACCGCUGAGCACACACACGCUUCGGUAGACGAAGUGUACCAGGUAGACCGGACGGCGCGCGACCUCGUCUUUUGGCCGGGGAGCGACGAGCGCAUCGAGCCGCCGCUCGAGCGUGUCGCUCUCCAGUUUCCUGACGAGGCGCUCGUCGACUCUGUGCCGCUGUACCGCGCCUUGCAGCGCGCGCUGCAGCGCCUGGGCGGCAAGGUGCCGAGACUCUAUAUCCUCGCUGACACGAGCUACGGCAGCUGCUGCGUCGACGAGGUCGCCGCGGCGCAUGUACAGGCGGACGCUGUCGUGCACUACGGCCACGCGUGCCUCAGCCCCACGGCCAAGCUGCCGGCGCUCUAUACCUUUCCGCGGCACGCCAUCGACGUCGACGAGGCCGUACGCGGCCUGUGCGACGCAGGCAAUGCACUGCCCCUCGAUACGCUCCAGGCGGUGGUCCUGACGUACGAUGUCGCGUACGAGCACGCGGCCGGCGACGUGUACGCUGCGCUGCAGCAUGCGUGGACUGGGCCGCAGCUCCUCCUGUCCCAAGUCGACACACUCUCGACGUACAAGGCGCGCUUGCUGCAGCGCACAAAAAGCGACACAGCCGACGCCACGCCGACGGCGAACGUCAAAGGCGCGCCGCCGCCCACCGCGACGGCGAUGCCGGACCCUUUGUCUGCGUCGGUGCUCGGUGCCGGCCGCCACUUUGAGCUGCCGGAGCACGUCACGCUCGAAAAGACCGCCGCGCUGUACCUUGGCCCCGAGUCGCGCGCACUGACACACCUCCUCCUCACGCUCGGCCCCCAGCAUGCGGUCGCCUCUUACGAUCCUGCUGCUAAGCGUACGCGCACCGAGACCGGCAAGACCAACCGGCUGCUAAUGCGGCGCUACGCAACAAUCCAAAAAGCACGCGAUGCCUCUGUCAUUGGCCUCGUGAUCGGCACGCUCGGCGUGCACGCCUACCUGCCACUGGUCAAGGAGCUGCGUCGCGUCCUGACGUCGCCCGUGUCCCAACGCAAGGUCUACACGAUCAGCGUCGGCAAGCUGAAUCCUGCCAAGCUCGCCAACUUUCAAGAGAUUGACGCCUUUGUCCUUAUUGCCUGCCCGGAAAACUCGCUACUCGACACGAAAGAGUUUCUGCGCCCGAUCGUCACGCCGUGGGAAAUGAUGCUCGCUGUGCGCGCGCACGGCGGGCGCGAAGUGCCUUGGAGCGGCGCAUACGUCCUGGACCUCGAGGCGGCCGUGCAUGACGCGGCGCAGGUCGAGACGGACGAGGCGCCCGACGAGGACGAGCAGCCGCACUACUCCUUUGCGACCGGCACCUAUGUCACGCGCACGCGCUACGGAGAGAAGGACGCUGACGUCGGCGAGACAAGCCAGGCGCUCCAGAAACUCGACGUCGCACCCCACGAACUCGCGGUGCGCGACGCGUCGGGGCGCAUGGUCAAGGUCCUCGACAGCGCUGCGCUCGCGCACCACCAGCAGCGGUCGUGGGUCGGCCUGGACGCCAACGAAGGCACAGACCGCCCCGCGGCCGUCCUCGAGCAAGGCAUGGCCGGCUUCGCACAACAGUACCGCACGGCCGACGGCGACGCCGAAGGCGGCGUCCAGAACGAGCCCUCUUCCCCGUCGUUCCAGCUGGGGUCCUCGCCGAACGCGCGCACGAAGCGCGCCAUGGAAGACACGAGCUACGAUACGAGCGUCGCCUCGAUGCCCGAAAAACGCGGCAUGCGCGCGCACUCACCCGCGCUCGAGACGGAUAUUGAGGAGAGUGAUACGGAGCUGCCGCGUCCUGCGGCCGCGCAGCGUAUGCGGGGGCGGGGCGAGAAGCCCGCGCCGCUCUUUUUUUCGGAUGAGAGCGAGGAAGAGGUAGGGGACGAGCGCAAGAGCCGUAUGGACCGCCUCCGCGAACUUGCGCGGCAGCGCGCCGCACAGAACGACGAGCAGGAGGAAGAAAAAGAGCCGGCCGCGCCCGAGCCACGCCCCAGCCCGCCGCUCGCGGAGAGCUCUGAGGACGAAGCGCCGGCGCCCAAGCCGCAGGUCAAGGGCCUCUCGCGCAAGGACCAGCGCGAGAUGCACAGUAUGUCUGCGCGUCUGCGGCGUGAGCAGCGUGCGACACUGUCCAAGCGCGAGCCGAAACGCUACCAGCUCUCUGAGCUCCUCAGCACGAUCCAGCACUCGGAGAGCGCGCCGCAGAGCAGCUCGGAUCCCGUCGAGUCGUCCUCCACGCCAGACCGUAUGCCUGCGCCGCGUAGCCGUGCACACACGCCGCCGCGUGCGCUUGAUCCGUUUCCUGACCUGGAAAAAGAGCGGGCGCAGCGCAAGUGGGCCAUGCUUCAUGCGCAGCCCGCGCAGCCCGACAGCGACAGCGACGUGGAAGUCGUGGCACUCACUGGACCAUCCAAGCGGCCGCGCACACACUUCCGCGCCCCGCCCCGCGACACGGAACGGGCCGAGGCGGACCAGCAGCUGUACGCGCUCGGGGCGCGGCCGCGGACGCCGCGCCGGCAACGCAUCGCUACGGACGAGUACCGCUCGCCAAACGCGGCGGCGCCCGACGCAGGCGUCGUCGGCGACAAGGAAAUGGACGCGGCGGCGCACUCGUUUGCGCUGGCCGCCCACAAGGUUGCCGGGACCCUGGCGCCUUCUUCGCCGAUUUAUGCCGACGACGGCGAGGAACAGCCGCACUCGCCGCCGCACCGCAAGCACGUCCCCGUUGUGAUGGACCUUGCGCAGCUCAAUGCCACGGUGCUGCGCAAGUCGUACGAGCAGAAUGCCAAGAUUGCCGCUAUGAAGCAAGGAAAAGCAAAAAGCAAGCCCAAGGAGCACCCCGAGGAGCCCGAGAAGACUCAAGAGCCGGAAGAGGCCCAAGGGCCCGUGGAGCCCGCCGCCCCUGAAAAGCACCAGGACGACACGCCGCCGUCCUCGCAGGAAAUUUUCGUGCACCAAGAUGACCCUGUCGACACGGAGCGCCAUACCAACGUCCGCCGCGACUCGGCGAGCUCGCAGGAGCAAAGCGAGAAGGAAAAUGUGCCGCUCUCGCCGAUUGCACAGGACGAUCCCGAGCUUGAUGUGGACCUCGGUCGCUUCUUUGCGCCGACGCAGCGCCCGUCGCUGAGCGAGGCACCACUCUUCACCGAGCCUGAGCCGGCGUCGAUGAAGAGCGCACGGACCGACUCCAAUUCGUCGGUCCUUGCGCAGUUCUUUGAGAGCACGCAAGACGGCCCGACGCGCGGCGCGUCGCUCGACCUCUUUGCGAACCAGCAGCGCGAGGGGCCGGUCGGCGGCAUGACGCAGUUCUUUGAUCCGACGCCGUCCGCGUCUACGCAUCCGACGCGUAGCCAGGAAGCGAUGCCGCCGCCGUCGCGCGCGCGCAGCAGCGACGGAUUCGCGGCGCUGCGGCGCGCACAGCAAGAAGAGGCCAAGGCGCUCCUCUCGCCCGAGCUCCUGCCCUCGCUCGACGAGUCGCUUGCAGAGCGCGACGCAGAGAGCUUCCGCGAGGCACAGGCGCCGCGUGGCGACGACAUGAUGUACAUUAAUCAGGACGGCUUCUUUACCCAGACCAAGCCCGCCGAAUUUGCCACGCAGGCGCCGCCCGCGUCGCAGCGGAUGCGCGCCAAGGAGCGCAAGGACGAGUGGGCGUCGCAGGCCGAUGAUGUGCCGAACGAGGCGCCUAACGACGAGGCGCCUGCAUUGGACCACGAGUCCGAGGCGAGCGACAUGCCGCAAGUCGAAGUCGAUGCGGACGCGGAUGCGGCGCUCUUGAAAGCGCUUUCUGGCUCGGACACCGAGGAUGACGAGGAGGAGGAGGACGAGGAAGAGGAAGAGGAGGAGGACGCGCUCUCGGAAGCGUCGCACCACUCGGCCUCGUCCGACGCCCAGGCGCGUUGGAAGUCGAUUCUUGCCAAGCCCAAAGCGCGCCGCCCCGAGCGCUCAGCAUUUGUCUAUGGCGAGGCUGAAGAGUCCGAUGAGGACGAGCCGCACCGCGGCGAGCACGGCGGUCUUGGCGGUGUCUUUAGCGACCGCGGCUCGGGUUCCGAGCCGGAGGAGGGCUCGGACGACGAUGCAGACCUCGAGAGUCUGCUGGACGACGAGCGCGAUGAGGACGAGGACGAGCGCGACGAGGCCGCGCGUCAGCGCUACCUGCAGCAUCGCGAGGAAGACGACGCCGCGGCUACGGCCCUGCACGAGCGUGCCAUCAAAGGUAUGCUGCGCAGCCGGCGCCGCCGUCUCGACGACCCCCUUGCCGAGCUGCUCGACGAAGAUGCCGAUGAAGACGAGCUGCGCCGCAAGAUGCGUGCGCCCUCUUUCCAGGCCAAGCGCCGGCGCAUCGACAAGGACGGCCUCGAGGAACUGGCCGAGCGCGACGAUUCUCAGGCGUUUGUCAGGACCUAUACCGAGACGCACGCUACCGAAGACGCGGACCGCUACGACUUCCUCGGCGAGGCAAGCAGCGACGAGGAGCGCAUCACUGCGCGCGACCUACGUGCCGAGAUCCGCCGGCAUGCGCUGCAGGCGGACGAGGAGGAGGAAGAAGCGCCGUCCGAGCCCGAGGAGGACGUCUCGCACAAGCUCCAUGCACGCCGCCCCACUGCGCCGCAGCCGACCGAUGACGAGGAUGCAGAGUACGCGCGUCUCGUCUUCCGCCCCAACGUCGACGCCAAGGACCUCCCCCGCGAGGUGCAAGAGCGCCGUGCGAAGCUCCUCGAAGAGUACAGCAACGAGCCCAACUGGCGCCAGGAGCGCGGCGGGCGCUCCGGCAUCGACCGUCGGCGCACUGGCCAGUCGAAACGCGCCUCGGUACCUACGACGGAGAACCGCAUGGCGCAGCCCACACGCUCCGCACCGUCGGUGCUCGUGCACAACGUCCUGCGCCGCGAAGCGCGCUUUCGUCCCUAG